AUGCGUUCCUCCACCACCACCAUCACGGUCCUGGCCACCGCCCUCGCGGGCGCCCAGCUCGCCUCGGCGCACUUUGGCCUGGUCUACCCGCCCUGGCGCGCCGACACGCUUUCCGAGGAGAGCGAGGAGAUUUACUCGCAGUGGGAGCACCCUUGCGCCGGGGUAAACACCACCACGAACCGCACCGCCUGGCCUAUCGGCGGCGGCGCCAUCGAGCUCGAGCUGCACCACCCCUGGGCGUACGUCUGGGUCAACCUCGGCCUCGGCGACAACACGACAAACUUCAACAUCUCCCUCACCCCGGACCUCUACAACAUCUCGGGCAAGGGCGACUUCUGCUGGCCCAAGCUGCCCGUCCCCAUCGAAAUCGCCGACGGCACCAACGCCACCAUCCAGGUCGUCACUGGUGGCGCGAGCGGCAGCGCGCUGUACAACUGCGCAGACAUCACCUUCCGCGCCGAUGCGCCCGUCCACGAGUGCGCCAACAGCACACAGUUCGACGUCACCGUCAUCCGCAACGGCGAGGCCAUCGUCGGCGGCACCGCCACGUCCGGCGGCAGCUCCCAGACCCCGGCCGGGUCGAGCGCCACGCCCGCCGCGAGCACCAGCAAGCCCGCCGCCGGUGUGAGCGUCGGCGUCAGCCUUGCGACGCUGUCGGCGGCCGCGGGUGUCGCGCUUGUCUUUGCCCUGGGGCUCUGA